AUGGUGUGGUCAUAUAUGCGAUGCCGGAUUCUACUUAUGACAUUGCACAUACAAUUGUACCAUGGGUUUACUGUUAAAAAUAACACAAUUAAUAGUACAAAAUCAUGGGCUAAAUCUGUUAGAUAUAAUUAUAAGUACAGUACACAGUAUUUAAAGAAGAAGGGGGAUAUUAAAACGAAGAGGUACUUUGAAAUGUGGAAGGAUUAUGACCCCUACUAUGUUAUCCAUAAAUUUUUACACAAAAAUGACCCUGAUAAUCCUAAUUUCAAAUAUGAUUUGGCAUUGGCUACCCGUCCAACAUGUAAAUACAAUUUAUUUAAGCACUAUAAAAAAGCACCUGGUUUUAGAUUUUUCUGGUACGGAUCGCACAAAAAGUCCCCAUCAGGAUCUAUUAAUAGGUAUAUAAAUUACAAAAAUCGCAACGAAUUUAGGUUUAGCAAACUUAGGAGUUUUUAUCACCUACUGGACUACGUACACCCAAAAUAUAAGGAUAAUCCCAUUUAUAUCUACUAUAUGAAUAAAUUUUUGGCAUUACAUGGCAAAGAAGCUAAGGAGUAUUUUAAAACUCUUCCAUGCCCAGAAAUGCCACAACCCAAACCUAACUUGCAUAGUGAUUCCUUCGAAGUGCAUGGAGCGAAUUUUUCAUUUGUUGACAAAAAAAAUCGCAACUCGCCAUAUGAUGUAUACUCCCCUUUUUAUCGCACGGCGAGAUCAUCGAAAAGGAGGAGGUUUAGAUCGGCAAUACCAUUGGUCGCAGAAGAAAGGUGUAAAAAUAGGCGGGAAAGGUUACUUAAGAGGAAGAUGGCAAGGCUUGAUAAGUUGAAGGAAUUGAAUAUAAAUCCUAUGGAUAGGUUUAUCAAAAAGAGGAAGUUUUACAAUCAGCCCAGCCCAGAUUAUUAG